CUGCCAGACAGGUGAGCGGCCGCCGCUCCGCUGGGCUGCGCGACCUGCUCCUCCAUGAACUUGCCGAGAGCUGGGCGCCUCCGCUCCACAGCGCCGCGCAGCCUCCGGGGCUCCGAAGCGGAAGACGGUGAGAUCGAUAUUCUGGGAGAGGAGGAAAAUGAAGACGAGGAAGAGCACUACGUGGAGACCAAAGGGAGCCCGCAGCCCCUAGAGCCGCGGCAGCAGCCCGAGCCGCGGGGGGCGCGGCAGGGCGAGGGCGCGCGGCCCGGAGAGCGCACUGAGAGCCGCGGCUGCCCGAGCGGAACCCCCGAGUUUGGCACCAAGUUCAGGGCCUCGACGGGGUCUGCGGCGGCCUCUGGGGACGCCCCGCAGCCCGCGAAGCCCCCCUACUCCUACAUCGCGCUCAUCACCAUGGCCAUCCUGCAGAGCCCGCACAAGCGCCUCACGCUCAGCGGCAUCUGCGCCUUCAUCAGUGGCCGCUUCCCCUACUACCGCCGCAAGUUCCCGGCCUGGCAGAACAGCAUCCGCCACAACCUCUCCCUCAACGACUGCUUCGUCAAGAUCCCCCGGGAGCCCGGCCACCCGGGCAAGGGCAACUACUGGAGCCUGGAUCCCGCCUCCCAGGACAUGUUCGACAACGGCAGCUUCCUUCGGCGCAGAAAGCGCUUCAAGACAGCGCCGGGCGCGGACCUGGUGGCUCCCGGCGCCGCCCUGCCGGCGCGGCAGCCCUCGCCUCGGGAAGAGGGCAAGGGGCCGGCAUCCCGGCCCGGAGGCGGGUGCACCUCCUUCAGCAUCGAGAGUAUCAUUCAAGAGGUCCGAGGAGGGGGAACAGGGGCCGCGCAGAGCCUAUCCCCGACCCCGUGGGGCUACUGUCACCUGCUGCAGCGGCCGUCGUGCCUGCUGCACACUCAGGCCGCUGCCCCCUCGCUCCACGUGUCCGCCGCCGCAGCGUCUGCUGCCAGGACAGUGUUGCAGCAGCAGCAGCACCAAGGCUGUCCCAGCAAAGGCGCGCUGCUGGGCCGGCACCUGUCCACCGCCGUGGCGCUGCUGGGGUACCAGCCUGGAGCAGAGGGCUGCAGGCCCAAGGCCGGCGGAGAGGGGGCCUCGCCGGCAUUUUAA